UUUGAAUGUCCCAUUUGUGGGAAAUGUUUCAGUCGGUAUGGCAGCCUGGUGAACCACCAGAGGACUCACACAGGAGAGAAACCAUUUGAAUGUCCUAUUUGUGGGAAAAGUUUCAGUUGGUAUGGCAGCCUGGUGAACCACCAGAGGACUCACACAGGAGAGAAACCAUUCGAAUGUUUUGAUUGUGGGAAAUGUUUUAGUCUCAAUUCCAACCUGGUGAUACACCAGAGGACUCACACAGAAGAGAAACCCUUUGAGUGUUCUGAUUGUGCAAAAAGUUUCAGUCAGAAUUCCUACUUGGUGAAGCACCAGAGAACUCAUACAGGAGAAAAACCUUUUCAAUGUGGUGAUUGUGGGAAAUAUUUCAGUCUCAAUUCUAGCCUGGUAACACACCAGAGGACUCACACUGAAGAGAAACCCUUUGAGUGUCCUGAUUGUGGGAAAGGUUUCAGUCACAAUUCUCACCUAGUGAUACACCAGAGGACUCACACUGGACAGAAACCCUUUGAAUGUCCUGAUUGUGGGAAAUGUUUUAUUCAGAAUUCUGACCUGGUAAAACACCAGAGGACUCACUCAGGAGAAAAACCAUUUGAAUGUCCUGUUUGUGGGAAAGUUUUUAGUCAGAAGUCCUUCUUGGUGAAACACCAGAGGACUCACACGGGAGAGAAACCCUUUGAAUGUCUUGUUUGUGGGAAACGCUUUAGUCAGAAUUCCAACCUGGUGAAACACCAGAGGACUCACACAGGAGAAAAACCUUUUGAAUGUCCUAUUUGUGGAAAAAGUUUCAGUCAGUACUGCAGCCUGCUGAUACACCAGAGGACUCACACGGGAGAGAAACCCUUUGAAUGUCUUAUUUGUGGGAAACGCUUUAGUCAGAAUUCCAACCUGGUGAAACACCAGAGGACUCACACAGGACAGAAACCCCUUGAAUGUUCUGAUUGUGGGAAAUGUUUUGUUCAGAAUUCUGACCUAGUAAAACACCAGAGGACUCACUCAGGAGAGAAACCAUUUGAAUGUCCUGUUUGUGGGAAAGGUUUUAGUCAGAAUUCCAACUUGGUGAUACACAAGAGGACUCACACAGGACAGAAACCUUUUGAAUGUCCUGAUUGUGGGAAAUGUUUCAGUCAGAAUUCCGACCUGGUAACACACCAGAGGACUCACACAGGAGAGAAACCAUUUGAAUGUUCUGUUUGUGGGAAAAGUUUCAGUCAUAACUGCAACCUGGUGAUACACCAGAGGAUUCACACAGGAGAGAAACCCUUUGAAUGUCUUGUUUGUGGGAAAUGUUUUAGUCAGAAUUGCAACCUGGUGAAACACCAGAGGACUCAUUCAGGAGAGAAACCCUUUGAAUGUAGUGAUUGUGGGAAAUGUUUUGGUGUGAAUUUUAGCCUGAUGAUGCACCAGAGGACUCACUCAGGAGAGAAGCCAUUUGAAUGUCCUGUUUGUGGGAAAUGUUUUAGUCAAAAUUCCAACCUGGUGAUACACCAGAGGACUCACACAGGAGAGAAACCCUUUGAGUGUCGUGAUUGUGGGAAACGUUUCAUUAAAAAUUUCCACCUCGCGAGACACCAGACGACUCACAUAGGAGAGAAACUUUUGAAAUGUUCUGUCUGUGACCAAUGCUUCAGGCAUAAAUCGUCCCUUAUUGCCCACAAGGAAAUCCACUUGAGUCAAACGUUGAUGAGUUUAGAGAAGGCUUGAAUUUCAUUUCUGAACUCUCAUUAGGAAUGCAGGUCUUGAAUGUAUUUUUUAAAUUCUUGCCUGAUGCUUUUUAGUCAAAUACAUAUCAGGAUUAGACUUGUAGGUAGAUAGAAAAAUAUGUUAGUUCAAUAAAGUCUAAGUACCCGUU